AUGAAUAGUAAUCCAAAUACUUCAACCAGACAUGUAUCAGAUGAAAACCAAGAAGAUGAACAAUUCACUGAAAUCAGAGAAAUCCAUGCCUUAACACCACCACGACCUCCACCUCCAACUACCAGUGGCCAUAACCACCGUUCAUCUUCUUUAUCCAUCACCAGCAGCACAGAUAGUGAGAACUUCACAACCAUAAGCAGAGAAUUCAAUGCUUUGGUUCUAGCAGGAUCAACUAUUAACCACAACAACGACAUAACUCCUCAAUCUCAUCCUCAUGAUCAAUACGAAACCAGUAACAACAACAACAACAACAAUAAUUUAGGGAGGAUUAGAGAAGAAGAUAUGAUGGAAGAAACAAACCCUUUGGCUAUUGUACUUGAUAACAACCCUUUAGACCCUGUUCAAUCUCCUACUACCAGAAGAGUUGUUGCUGGUAGCAGCGGCGGCCGCGGUGGUGGUGCUACACGUGUCGGCGGUGAAGAAGAACACGUGUCAGUUGAUAAAGUGAAGAAAGAGGAAGUUGAUGCAAAGAUAUCAGCUUGGCAGAACGCUAAAGUUGCAAAGAUUAACAACAGGUUUAAGAGGGAAGACGCUGUCAUCAAUGGCUGGGAAGGUGAACAGGUUCAAAAAGCUACUACUUGGUUGAAAAAAGUUGAGAGGAAGCUGGAGGAAAAAAGAGCAAAAGCAUUGGAGAAAACACAAAACAAAAUAGCAAAAGCUCAUAGAAAAGCAGAAGAGAGGAAAGCAUCAGCAGAGGCAAAAAGAGGAACCAAAGUGGCAAGAGUUCUUGAAAUUGCUAACCUUAUGAGAGCAGUUGGAAGACCUCCUGCCAAAAAAUCUUUCUUCUAA